AUGAAGAGCCUGAAGGCCAAGUUCAAGAAGGCAGACAGCCAGGACUGGACCAAGAACGAUGAGAAGCUCCUGCAAGCUGUGGACUACAAUGAUGCCGGGAGGGUGACAUCUCUCCUUGUCCGCAAGGGCCUGGUCCCAACCAAGCUGGACUCAGAGGGCAAAUCCGCGUUCCACCUGGCCGCCAUGCGGGGGAACGUGGACUGCCUUGAAGCCAUGCUGGCUCACGGUGUGGAUGCCAUGACCAAGGAUAGCUCAGGUUACACUGCCCUACACCUGGCGUCCAAGCAUGGCCACCCACAGUGCGUCAGCAAACUGCUGCAGGCCUCCUGCCCCGUGGAUGUGGCCGACGGCAGUGGCCGAACAGCACUGCACCACGCAGCGGUCAGCGGCUGCAUCUCGUGCUCGGAGAUCCUCUGUGAUUUCAAGGCUCCCUUGAACAUCAAGGACAAGGAUGGCUCCACACCGCUGAUCCUUGCUGCCAAGAUGAGCCACUCAGAGCUGUGCCGGUACCUGCUCCACCGCGGCGCAGCGAUCAACAGCCGGGACCUGCAGGGGAGGACAGCCUUGAUGCUGGCCUGUGAGAAUGGCAGCGUCGAGACAGUGGAAGUUCUCGUCAACGCUGGUGCCAGGGUGGCCGUGGUGGACUCCACAGGCCACAACGCCGCACAUUACAGCCUGGCCACAGGCAACGCUCUCAUCCAGCACUUCCUGCAAGAGGCUGCUCAGCGCCGGUCCUGGGCCAGUGAAGAGGAGUCAACUGAGCAGACGUCCCAGACAUCUUCACCCAGCCAGUCAUCCGCCAGGGAGAAGAACAGCACCCCAAGGAAGAGGAAAGCCCCUCUCCCUCCCCUGGGCAUCCCCAGCCAGGAAGACCGAGAUGCCUAUGAGGAGAUUGUACGGCUGCGGCAGGAGCGGGCCCAGUUCUUGCAGAAGAUCCGGGGCUUGGAGCAGCAGGAGAAGCAGAGACGGGAGCGGGCAGAGAUGGACGAGGGUUCCCUGCGCUUCAUGGAGAAGCAGAUCCAGGAGCUGGAGGAGCAGCUGGUGGCACGGGAUGGUGAGAGGAGCCGCUGGUCCUCACUGGAGAAUGAGAGGGAGAACACGAGCUAUGACAUUGAGACACUGCAGGAUGAGGAGGGAGAGCCGCUUGAGUUCCCAGGUAGGGCUCUGCCUGCCUGCCAAGGCCCCUGUGGGGCUGAGCAGCCCACGGGGAGGAGGCACCCCACAGCAGGGAGUGGGGGCGUGGGCAGAAUGGUACCAAAGUCCUCGCACCCCGCAGGGGCAGACCUGCUGCUCUCCAAGAAGACGCUAAGCCCCUCGGCCGAGGAGCUGCUGGCCACGCUGCAGGGGCAGGUGCAGUCCCUCACUGUGCAGAACAAGGAGCUGAGGGAGAAAAUACAGGUGCUGGAGAACUAUGAGAGGGAUGAGAGCAACCCGCCU